CUAAACUCGGACUGCCUCGUUUUUGACACCUCUAUCGCCCAGUUGUUUGCUGAAAACGGCAAUUUGGAUUGUGACGCACAGUUGAAAUCGAAAUGGCGACGAGGAUGUUCUUAAUAAUAUGCCUGCUUUAUGUGGGAUUGACUAGAGCAGAAGAUAUUGAUUUUGGUGACCCGAACACUUGUACUCUUCAAAAUAAGGAAUGUCAAGUAGACUUGAAGGUAGAUUGUCAGAGUGAACUGUCUGGAUUUAUACAGACUCCCAAUUUUCCAAACAAUAUGAUUUCUUCUCAAUCCGGAAAGUACCGACUAACAAUUUCAUCGUGUGAAAAUUCACAAAUUACCUUGAUCCUGACGGACGAGGAUUUUUUUCUGGGACCAGAUGCUAACACAUUUUCGGUCGGUAACGGUCUUGUAAUUGGUGCUAACAAUAUCCCACCGGAGCUGAGUGGUUCUAGUGACGGUGGAAACGAGCUACCAAAUGGUGAUCCGACCUAUGAGUAUGAAAGUGCCUCCAAUGAACUGUGGAUGGAGGCCAACCUGCUGGCAUAUCGGUCAAACUUCAAAAUCCAAUACAACAUUACAGUCUUGACUUCAAAUAUCCACAAUUAUAACGAAACGUCAGGAAAUAUGACUUCUCCCGGUUAUGGAAUAUCUUACCCAUCUCAAACAACAGAAGAUAUACAUGUGAUUGAUGUCACAGAUGUGGCAGGGGAAUAUGUGGACCUGUUACUCACAGUUAAUGUACUGGACAUUGCAGGCAUCAACGGGGACUACAUCAAACUUGGACCUGGGUCGGAACCUUCGGUUGAUAAGAGCGCAGUUGUCCUCUCGUGGCGUGUUAACAAAGGAGUUCAAUUUUUGAUUGAUGGACCUAAAGCUCAUUUAGUUUUUAAUGUUUUACGACCCGCCGACGCUGAACAGGUUUCCGCAAAAGGAUUUUUCAUCUCCUACCAAGUGAUUGAAAAGAAUUUGACAACAGCAGCGCCCAUGACCACACCUAUGCCUACAAGCCCCACGCCUUUGCCAUUUGAUCCAGAUAUCCUUUUAACUGAUGUUGUCUACCACACCUAUGUGGGCGCCGAAGCAUCUUCACAGCUGGCAGAAAUUUUGCAGAUGUAUGCCGAGUCAUCGGGAAUGCUGGAAAAAGGCGAAAUAGUUCCAAAUUUAACUGCUGUCGGUACUGUCCAAAUAGUUCAAGUUGAGAACUGUUAUCAUGGAUGGAAUGUCGAUAUGGACAUCUGCGGUCUGACGCAUGUGAUUGUCCGCGCGUUUUACCAAAAAACAGGAGAGACUGAUGUCACUUACGCCUUCCCGACCGAAGAAGUAAAAAAAGCUGUAAGGGAGUAUGGCUACAUUCACGAAGUCGUCCUGCCAGAAGACUUGGCCAACUUGUACUGGAUCUUUGUUGGUGUCGUCCUUAUUCUAAUUAUUUUAAUCCUCCUUGGGUUAUUAAUCGCCUGGCGGCAAAAAAUGCGUCGUGACGCUAAAAAGCGAAGAAAGUAUCACGAAAUAAAAAAUGAUAAUCAUUCUGUAGGCGCCGACAGUGACAUUUCUAUCACAGGCGUUGGCAAAUCAAGUCGCUUUGAAAUGAAUUCUGGUGUUGAUAAUCCAAAUUUCGUUAUUGACGAACAAGAAAAUGGUCGCCCCGUAAUGGUUUACGAUCCGGAGAAAGGAACAUUUUAUUCACGAAACAGUCACAGACCUACUUAUCAAGAGAAAAAUGUGGAUCAGGGACCAGCUCGAUCAGCGGCUGUACUAAAUGUUUCACCCAUCACCAGCAGUUUCCAACGCCAGAAUGGAAUCAAUAGAGAUCAAAUAGCGAAUGAGGGGAACGAUAUGUCAUCUAUCAUGCCACCACUUCCCGCCGUACCUAAACGUGGAAUCUUGAAGACUAAAUCUAACAGCAGUCCGACCAACCGCGAGUUUCCCAACAUUUCUUCUAUUCCAAUGGAAGAGAUGGAAGAUGUUGUAUUCGACAACGAUACCUUUAAAAACAUGCAACAACGUCGAUACUCUCCUGCGUCUUCAUCGUCGGAUACGAUAACAUCAUCAUCAAGGUCUAGUAGUAGAGUGAACUCCAUCUCCACGGAUCAACAGAUUGGAUCACAUGUUUUGUACGGUAUCACAUUGACGGAUUUUGAUUCAGAAGAAGAAAUUGAAACAAAUUUUUAAAAACAAUUUAAUAAUCAACGCCUUAUUAUGACGCCUUAUUAUUUUAUUAUUAUUUUUACUUAUUCGUCUUUAAGAGGCCCAUUUUUAGAAUUGUAAUUGAUUUUCGCAGACAAGACAUUUAAUAAAUCAAAUAACUGAAUUGA